AUGUCCUUCCCCAGUAGCUCUCCUGCGGCAAACACAUUUUUAGUGGACUCUUUAAUUGGUGCCUGCAGGACGGACAGCUUUUACUCCAACAGCAACAUGUACAUGCCGUCCGGCUCAGAAAUGGGAACUUACGGAAUGCAAACCUGUGGACUCCUGCCGUCUUUCGGCAAAAGAGGGGAGGUCAACCACCAAAAUAUGGGCAUGAAUGUCCACUCGUACAUACCUCAAAUAGAUAACUGGACUGAUCCGAAUAGACCCUGCAGAAUAGAGUCUUCCAGUCAGAUGACAAACUGUUCAUUUUCACAGAGCAUUAAGGAAGAGAGUAACUGCUGCAUGUACUCCGAUAAGAGAGUGCAGAAAGUCGGCCUGACAGAAGCCCCCGCAUAUUCUAGUGUUAUUCCUGAGUCCUGUCCAGUCGAUGGUCCCGAGAUCCCGGUUCCGGGAUAUUUCAGACUGAGCCAAACUUAUGCGAAUGGGAAGCAUCAGGAAAACUACUGCCAUGAGCAGCCGAGUCCAAACCCAACACUGAUGCAGCUCAGCCGGCUCACCCCGAAACCGCAGUCCUCCUCGUCGUCUUCUAAUUUUGCACAAGUGGAAAAGAAAAGCGAGGACGUCCAGCGAGACCCCGAGACCUCAAGGACUCCGGUCCCCGCAGAAAGUCCGGAUCCUAAGUCCAGCUCGGAGGAGAAAAACUGCUCCAUGGAAGCCUCUGUGUCCAGCCCCGAGCUGCAACAGAAGGAAGGGAAAGACUGUAAGAGUGACACGCCAACAAGCAACUGGUUGACAGCAAAAAGUGGGAGAAAGAAAAGAUGUCCCUACACAAAGCACCAGACCUUGGAGUUGGAGAAGGAGUUUCUGUUCAAUAUGUAUCUGACCCGAGAGCGCCGCCUAGAGAUCAGCAGGAGCGUCAACCUGACCGACAGGCAGGUCAAGAUCUGGUUUCAGAACCGCAGGAUGAAACUGAAGAAAAUGAACAGGGAAAACCGCAUCCGUGAACUGACCUCAAACCUCACCUUUUCGUGA